CUCGGAGAGACACGGAGACGCGCAGCGCGGCGGCAGUUUGCGGUGGGAAUAAAAGCGAACCUGGAGGCGCGCGCGCGAGGCGGCGGCGGACGGAGCGGACAGGGCGCGGGCCGAGCGGCGUUCACCGAGCGACGAGGACUGCGUCGUCAUCACCUUCAUCAUCAUGUCUUCUCCGGGGAAGGAGGGCAGCGGCGCGCCGCACGCCACGUACGUGGGACCCUAUCGGCUGGAGAAGACGCUGGGCAAAGGACAGACAGGCCUGGUGAAGCUGGGGGUUCACUGCGUCACGUGUCAGAAAGUCGCCAUAAAGAUCGUCAACAGGGAGAAGCUCAGCGAAUCCGUCUUGAUGAAGGUGGAGCGAGAGAUCGCCAUCCUGAAGCUCAUAGAACACCCCCACGUUCUGAAGCUGCACGACGUCUAUGAAAACAAGAAGUAUUUGUACUUGGUUCUGGAACACGUGUCUGGGGGGGAGCUCUUCGACUACCUGGUAAAAAAAGGCAGGUUAACCCCCAAGGAAGCAAGGAAGUUCUUCCGACAGAUCAUCUCUGCACUGGAUUUCUGUCACAGCCACUCGAUAUGCCACAGGGACCUGAAGCCUGAAAACUUGUUGCUAGACGAGAAGAACAACAUCCGGAUAGCGGACUUCGGCAUGGCCUCUCUGCAGGUCGGGGACAGCCUCCUGGAGACCAGCUGCGGAUCGCCGCACUACGCUUGUCCAGAGGUCAUCAGGGGAGAGAAGUACGACGGAAGGAAGGCGGACGUAUGGAGCUGUGGCGUCAUUCUCUUUGCACUCUUAGUGGGGGCGCUGCCUUUCGAUGAUGACAACUUGCGGAACCUUCUGGAGAAGGUCAAGCUCGGCGUCUUCCACAUGCCGCACUUCAUCCCGCCGGACUGUCAGAACCUCCUCCGAGGGAUGAUCGAGGUGGAUGCCACCAAGCGGCUAACGUUAGAACAGAUCCAGAAGCACACGUGGUACAUAGGGGGCAAGAACGAGCCAGAGCCCGAGCAGCCCAUUCCCAGGAAGGUGGCUAUCCGUACGCUGCCGUCGGCCGAGGACAUCGACCCCGACGUGCUGGACAGCAUGCACUCUCUGGGCUGCUUCCGCGACAAAAACAAACUGAUGAAGGACCUUCUGUCUGAGGAUGACAACCAGGAAAAGAUGAUUUAUUUCCUCCUGCUGGACCGCAAGGAGAGGUACCCCAGCCAAGAGGACCAGAACCUCCCCCCACGCAACGAAAUAGACCCGCCCAGGAAGCGCGUGGACUCGCCCAUGCUGAACCGGCACGGCAAGCGGAGGCCGGAGCGCAAGUCCAUGGAGGUGCUCAGCGUGACGGACGGAGGGUCGCCGGUUCCGGCCCGAAGGGCUAUCGACAUGGCGCAGCACAGUCAGAGUAAGACUGUGUUCAGUAAAAGCUUGGAUAUCACUGACGCCAAUUCCACACACAGCAAAGAAGAAAGGUCGCGGUCCAUCAGCGGAGCCUCGUCCGGCCUCUCCACCAGCCCCCUCAGCAGCCCGCGGGUGACCCCUCACCCCUCCCCCCGCGGAAGCCCCCUCCCCACACCCAAAGGGACGCCGGUGCACACCCCGAAGGAGAGUCCGUCGGGGACGCCAAGCCCCACGCCGCCCCCCAGUCCGUCCAUCGGCGGGAUGCCCUGGAGGACGCGCCUCAACUCCAUCAAGAACAGCUUCCUGGGAUCGCCGCGCUUCCACCGCAGGAAACUGCAAGUUCCCACACAGGAGGAGAUGUCCAGUCUGACUCCAGAGUCUUCCCCAGAACUUGCCAAAAAAUCCUGGUUUGGUAACUUCAUCAACUUGGAGAAGGAGGAGCAGAUCUUUGUGGUGAUCAAGGACAAGCCGCUGAGCUCCAUUAAAGCGGACAUCGUCCACGCUUUCCUCUCCAUCCCGAGCCUGAGCCACAGCGUGAUCUCGCAGACGAGUUUCCGGGCCGAGUACAAGUCCACUGCGGGACCCACUGUUUUCCAGAAGCCCGUCAAGUUCCAGGUGGACAUCACCUACAGCGAAAGCGGUGCAGCGACCAAGGAGAACGGCAUCUACUCAGUCACCUUCACACUGCUCUCAGGUCCCAGCCGACGCUUCAAACGGGUGGUGGAGACAAUCCAGGCGCAGUUGCUGAGCACACAUGACCAGCCCGGGGUGCAGCAGCUCUCUGGCAGCCCAUUGAGUAACUUCUUUGACGUAAUUAAACAACUUUUUUCAGACGAGAAGAACGGCCAGGUGCCCCACCCACCUGGCUCCGCCCCCAAGCACGGCGCUAACAGCAGGAGACGCGAACCCGAGGCCAGUGACCGUGGCCCUAGAGGAGACUCAAAGUGCCCGGCAGGCAGAGACAGAGCCAAGGUGGCAGCACCGGUCGGGGCACCGGAGCAGCCCUAGGCGUGGACAGGGAGCGUGGCCGACCGGAAUAGUCGCGUGGCGCGUAAAAGUGACGCCCACCCAACACCCACGUGUGUGGCGCUAGUCCUCUGUAAAUAUAGAACCACUUUGAGAACUAUGUAGAGAAGCGAAAAGAACCUUUUGUAUGACGGGCUGACUGUACAUAGAUAUGUAAACAAACGGGGUGUUUUAAAAGCAGAGAUUGUGGGCGGGGCAUUCCCCCAGCUCCUCCCACCAUAACACACGGCACAUGCACACGUUUCGCCGUGCUUUUUUCCUGUCCUCCUUUUUAUCUGUCCUCCUGCUCACCUCUCUGAUGACCUCACUUGUUUCUGCUGCCAGGAAUUAUCCAGAAAACAUACUAAGCCCCACCUCCUGCUCCCUAACCGCACACCAGGCGAGAUGGCCAUUUGUUGAUGGAGGGCGCUUUUCCAGGAGAGUAGGCCAGUUACCAAGGCGACGGACCUUUCAUCGUGAUGCGUGUCCCCUCCCACCCCCCUCCCACCUCCCUGGCCAUCAGCAGCACUUCAUGAAGAUGCCCUCACCCUCGUUCUCUUCCACUUGCCGGAGUGUGUGAUAUCCACACAGCGCCACCCAAAGGAAGACGGAGGCAAAACUGAGAAGCUGAAGAAAAAGCAUGGAGACCCUGUUGGUCUACCGCAGCAUCGCCUUUUCUCUCUCUCUCUCUCUCUCUCUCUCUCUCUCUCUCUCUCACACACACACACACACGUGCACAGUCCAAAACACAAACUUGGGGAUGCAAUCCUUAGAGUAACGAUAAUAAAUAUCGACAGACAGAGAUGAACAGUGGACCGCAGGGGGCUGCUGGCACCGUUUCCAUCUUACUGUCCGCCUUCUGUGUGGACAUUUGGGUUGAAGACUCAUCACGGACUGGAGUCUUUGUAAAACCAAGGGGAGGAAGGGGGCGGGGCCGCAAUGCGAAUGAAUGAGCCGCUGUCUUGUACAGGUUGUUUUUCCUGUGUAAAACGACUAGUUGUGGUGCGAUGUUCAGCUGUAGGUCAGACCUGGGAGCUCUUCUCACUUUUGUUUUUCUGAUUUUCUUUUGUUUUUUCCUCCUUUGUUUUGUUCUUUCAGUAACUCAGAACUCAGUGCUUUUAUUCCAGUCCUUUGUACGGCAUUCUGUCUGUCUCCUUCCAGCACCUUCUGCCCCCCUUCCCCCCCAUUUAUUCUCUCUCCUUAUUUAUGAAUUAUGUGUGGAGCCACUGGCUCAGAUUGUCUUGUUUGUCCUUUCCGCGGGACAGAGUUCAUGUCCAUGUGGCCAGGACAGGGCUUCUCUUCUUGUCUAUGAGAAAUAUGUCAAGAGCAAAUGGUAUUUCUUUAUUUCCCAAAUGUGACGAGGAAGAACUUGUAGUAUAUGUUUAAAAAAGGAAAAUAAGAAGAAUUACCAGUACUUUACGAAUGUAGACUAGCCUCGUGAGAGGAGAUGAUCUUCUAUUGAUUAUUGUCUGUUUCAUAUCAUUGUUCAUGUGAUAGUGGGGGGAGGGGGGGAUCCUCGACCUUUCUUGUAAAUAGAUGAUUUUGGGUGACGAUGAACUUCUUUAAGGGGGGGGACUCCCUGCUCUCGGCUUUUACCUUGUAUUACUGUGUGCAUGUUGGACACGGCUUUUCUUUGCAUGAACUGACUGUAAUGGAACCAUAAAGGUGUCACUUUGGCCCGAUCGUUUUUCUCUCUCACUUUAUUUCCGUACCUUUGCUUUGCCACCCCUGUCAGCGCCCCCCCCCCCCCAGCCCCUCUCUGAUGCUUCCUCUGCGCCAGGCCUGAACAGGUGCCAUCUUCCCACGCAGGCACGGCGGCCCCAUUCACUCCUCCCUGUACCCCUCCGUGUGCCACCUGCUCGAACCUGGGGCAAGGUGCAGUACUAAAGCAAUACCUGUUGUUACGUUCUCUAUUUUGUACUUUGGCACAAAGACACAGUAACCGGGGACCUCGGGGGUGGGUGGGGGCGGGUCGGUACUGAGCAGGAACCACGUGUCCCCCCCACGUGUGUAACACAACUGUGAGCAACUGCAGUGGAUAACAAAUAAAACCUGUUCCGUUACAAGGUGUGUGUCAGCCUUGUGUGUGAGCGCCCUUUGCACCAGCAGCCUCUACAAGGUAAGUGAUGGCUGCCCCACCCCUAGCAUGGAGAGCCUGGACCCCCCUCUUUCUGCAAGCCACAGGGGGUCUCUGGGAUUGACAGAUGGACUUUGUGCAUAGGGAAUGACACACACCUCCCUGUGGUAAGUCAGUUGGCUGAGCAACACACACCUUUUAUUAUUUUCAUUGUGAUUAUUAAUGUGUAUAAUACAACGUUGAAGAUAUAAAUUAGUCUUUGAAAGUUUAUUGGGAGAACAAAUAUUUUGUGCUUGACAUCCAAUAUCGAGGGGGGUGAUGAGCUGUUUUGACCUGCAAUGUGUGCACAUAAACAGCAGACACUUGUCAGCUGCAGCCAUGUCCAUUUAUCUUACCCUUUUAUACAGCAGGAUACUUUUUACUCUGUCAAUUCAUGGUAAGUAAGACCAAGGCAGUGGAAGCACAUGGGGACAGCUGGUACUGUAGUGGGUGGAGUUGCUGCAGUAAAAUUACCCAGCUCUAUAAAUGA